GCGAGCUGAGACAGAGCUCUAGAAAGGCAGAUAGAGAGAGAGCAGAGGCAACGGCCCUCUUCUGGAGGGGGGGCUUAUUAUAACAAAUAUAUACACACACAUGUGUGAACUGUUUGGCCGCACGAUAGGUCACAUGUGGAUAACAGUAAUUUUAGAAAAGCAUACAACCGCGGCUUUACAUUUAAAAUGCCUAUUUUACUUUUCCUGUUAGACACGUCCGCCUCUAUGAAUCAGCGCACUUAUUUGGGUACGACGUAUCUGGACGUUGCUAAAGGCGCGGUUGAGGUCUUUAUGAAGCUGCGUGCCCGAGACCCGGCUAGUAGAGGCGACAGGUACAUGCUAGUUACAUUCGAUGAUCCACCAUACGGAGUGAAGGCAGGCUGGAAGGAGAACCAUGCCACCUUCAUGUGCGAGCUGAAGAACCUGCAGGCGUCUGGGCUGACUACGUUAGGUCACGCUCUCCGCACAGCCUUCGACCUGCUUAACCUCAACCGCCUGGUCUCAGGCAUCGACAACUACGGACAGGGCCGUAACCCCUUCUUCCUCGAGCCAUCUGUGAUCAUCACUAUCACUGACGGGAACAAACUUACACACAGCUCUGGGGUGCCAGAUGAGCUGCACCUGCCUCUGAACUCCCCACUGGCGGGCAGUGAGCUUACCAAGGAGCCCUUUCGCUGGGACCAGCGUCUGUUUGCGUUGGUGCUGAGGUUGCCGGGAGCUGCCACACCAGACACCGAGCAGCUUGGUAGCGUCCCCACAGAUGAGUCUGCCAUCACCCAGAUGUGUGAAGUCACUGGAGGGCGAUCGUACUGUGUGCGGACACAGAGGAUGUUGAACCAGUGUCUAGAGUCUCUGGUCCAAAAGGUUCAAAGUGGCGUUGUCAUUAAUUUUGAGAAGACCGGGUUAGAUCCACCUCUCGUUGGGGAAGACAACUCAGUGGAGUCGAGUCGUCCUGUAUCGUCCUUCAGCCCUCAGCCGUGGCACAGUUGCCACAAACUCAUCUACGUGCGACCCAACCCAAAAACAGGGGUUCCAGUUGGGCAUUGGCCAAUACCAGAGUCCUUCUGGCCGGACCAGAAUUCUCCUUCCCUGCCACCUCGCACUGCACAUCCCGUGGUGCGUUUCUCUUGUGUGGACUGUGAGCCCAUGGUGAUCGACAAGCUUCCCUUUGACAAGUAUGAACUGGAGCCGUCUCCACUCACCCAGUUCAUUUUGGAAAGAAAGUCUCCACACAUGUGCUGGCAGGUGUUUGUUAACAGCAGCGGGAAACAAAUUGACCAGGGACAGCCCUUUGGUUAUCUUAAAGCCAGCACCACUCUCACCUGUGUCAACCUGUUUGUCAUGCCUUACAACUACCCAGUGCUUCUCCCACUCCUCGAUGAUUUGUUUAAAGUGCACAAACUCAAACCAAACCUCAAGUGGCGACAGGCUUUUGAGAUGUACCUGAAGACAAUGCCUCCAUACUUCCUUUUGCCCUUAAAGAAGGCGUUGAGGAUGAUGGGUGCACCGAAUCUUAUUGCAGACACCAUCGACUGUGGCCUGAGUUACAGUGUUAUCUCUUACCUGAAGAAGCUCAGCCAGCAGGCAAAGAUGGAAUCAGAACGUCUCAUCGUGUCUGUGGGGAAGAGGGCUCCUCAAGAAACUGGCAUCAAGGUGAAGAACCACUCCAACACUCUCUCUCUGGCCCACCGGCGGGACUUUAAGCAGUUGCUGCAGGGAAUCACCGGGGAGGGGCCCCUUCGCCUGGGGGACAUCAACUUCAAAGAGUUCGCUGGCUUCCAGAUCGCUCUGCUCAAUAAGGAUCUAAAACCUCAAGCUUAUCGAAAUGCCUACGACAUCCCACGACGGAACCUUCUGGAUCAACUCACCCGGAUGCGCUCCAAUUUGCUGCGGACGUCACAAAAACUGAUCCGAGGGCAAGAUGAAGACUAUCUGCACAGUAUCCCAGUGGCUCAGAUGGGAAACUAUCAGGAGUACCUGAAAAUGAUGCCGUCUCCUUUGAGAGAGAUUGACCCCGACCAACCUAAACGCCUGCACACAUUUGGGAAUCCUUUCAAGCAGGAUAAGAAGGGGAUGAUGAUCGAUGAGGCAGAUGAGUUUGUUGCGGGCCCUCAAAGUAAGAAACGAGGAAAUUCCAGCGACUCCAACUCGAGUACUACUAUGAAGAGAAGGCGGAGCAUGUCCCCGUUACUGCGGCGGCCACAGACUCCACCAGCGAGCACCAACCACGUGGUGGCGGGAAAGAGUCCGGUCGCAGUUCAAGGCCAGCAGAACCUCCUCAAACCCAUCCCGCAGCACAAAGGAGUGGAAGACAACAACGCGGUGGUCACCGAGAGUAACGGUGACAGGGUUUUUGAGCCUGAGUCGGGGGAGGUCUGGCCCGCUGAGACGGACCCUGUAGCAGAGAGCCCAUGUCCACUGAGCCUGGAGGAGAAGGCCGGGCCGGAAGCAGCAGAUCAGGGAGAGGACAUGGACGUGACAGAGGAGAGACUAGUGGAAGAUAGUCUAGAUGAGCAGCCGCUGGAGGAGGAGAAACACAACUGUGACCGACUGAGUCCACAGAGCCAGCUAGACGACGCCGAGGCUGAGCCGGCCAUGUUGGAGACUAUAGUCAUAGCCCCUCUGGAUGGCAGCCAGGCAGAGCUGAAGAGUCAGGUCAUCAAGGAGGUCCGCAAACCUGGGCGAAACUAUGAGGCAAUACUCUGUCUACUGCAGCAGGUGAAAGGACCAGUUGAUGUUCAAAGGUACUUCAUCCAACAUGCUAUCAAAGAAGCGAUCAGGUUCAAGAAGCGGGUGCUGAUCCAGCAGCUGGAGACGUCCCUGGCUGAGUUGGAGGAGAAGCAAGCAACAUCCUCACAGCUUCCCAACGAUCACGACAGUUAGUGGUGAAGCCAGACUGACUUUAUUAUUAGAAAAGGGAUUGAAGCUCCUGUUUUGUCGACCGUUGGAUUCCCCACCAUAAAAGAGACGUCCUUGUUGACUAGCGUCAAAGAGACAAAUUGAGGAACUGGGGGGGGGGG